AUGAUGGAGCGAACGUACGGCCGCCGCAAGCCGGGCAUGCCACCGAGAACCCUAUCCGACUCUCUAAACGAUACCCUUUCGCAGGCGGAAUAUCUCUCUUCCUCUUCGUCGCCGGACAUCGAACCUAUUGAUUACUCUCUUCUUCCUUUCUCCAGUCAAGAGUCGUCCUCUCUCUGGCAUUCUUCUUCGAGAUCAAUUUUCCAAGAGGAUUAUCCACAGAACGGAGGUGUACGGAGGGCGAAAAGAGUGAGGAACGGUGAAGCUUUCGGUUUUACUUCUACGUUGCUUGAGGCUCAGGAAUUUGGUGAGUUGAUGGAGCACGAGGACGAAGUUAACUUCGCGCUUGAUGGGUUGCGGAAAGGACAACAGCUGAGGAUCAGAAGGGCAAGCUUGUCGUCUUUACUGUCGAUUUGCGCAUCUAAACACCAGCGACGCUCAUUAAGGGCUCAGGGGAUCUCCCAGUCCAUAAUUGAUGCGAUUUUGGGUCUUAGCCUUGAUGACAUACCAAGCAAUCUUGCCGCGGCCACCCUUUUCUUUGUGCUAACUGCUGAAGGUCAAGAUGAGCAUUUUAUGGAGUCAUCUAAGUGCAUAAAGUUUCUGAUAAAGAUGUUGAAACCUGUGAUUGUCACUAGCACUGAAGGGAAGCCACGCAAUAUAGGAUUUAAGCUUUUAUCAUUACUUAAGGAUGUUGAUACACCACGGGAUGCAGCCAAAAUGAAUGAUCCAAGCUCCAGUGUUAUACUUGCAAGAGUUCAGGAACUUCUUGUUAAUUGCAAGGAGAUGAAAAUGAUUGAUAGCUAUAAUUCUGAAACAUCGAGGCCUGAGCUAAGUACGAAAUGGGUAGCUCUGUUGGCCAUGGAGAGGGCGUGCUUAUCCAAAAUUUCUUUUGAUGAUACUUCUGGUUCUGUAAAAAAAACUGGAGGAAAUUUUAAGGAGAAACUGCGAGAGCUAGGAGGACUUGAUGCAGUCCUUGAGGUUGUAUCGGAUUGUCACGCUGUUAUGGAGCGCUGGGUGGAAUACGACGUACUUUCCGUCCAGGAUAAGAAAGAUAACCUGCAUAAGCAGAAUUUAAUGUUGCUAUUGAAAUGUUUGAAACUCAUGGAGAAUGCUACGUUCCUCAGCACAGACAACCAGAAUCAUUUGCUCGGAUUUAAGAAAUGUUUGGGUUCUCAUGAAUCCCGAAUGUCUUUCACAGAGCUCACGAUAAGUGUCAUCAAGAUGCUUUCAGGUCUUUAUCUACGUGGAGGUUUUCCAAGUCCUCACAGAAAUUAUGUAAAUACUCACUGUUCAAAUGGUGGUAAUCCGGAUACUAUCUUGGGAGCAGAUCAAAAAGUUAACAAUGAGGUCGUGACAAUCAGUUCAGAUACAUGCUCAACCGUUGGCUCUAUCUCCACGAGGAAUGGGAGUGUAUCCCAGAUAAGUCAAUCCAUAAUCGAUUUAGAUUUCUCUCCGACAUCAAUGUCGAGUUCUCAGUCAAGUGUGUCAGGAAAUGAGCCCACUACGUCAACAACAAGAGCCGGUUCCACCAUCUCUGGUUCAUUUGCAGGCAGAUUGGCGUCAUUGGGUAGUGGCAUUGCCAGAAGUACUUCAAGGACUAGUCAAGUUGGAGAACCAAGUUGUAAAAGAAAUGGAAAAUUUACUUCCCUUGAGGAAAGCCAAGAUCCUUUUGCGUUUGAUUUGGAAGAUUCUAAACCUUCCAAGUGGGCAGUUGUAUCUGUAAAACAAAAGAAAUCUAGAACUCAAAAGAAGAAAGGUUGCUUCAAAGAAAGUAAAGACGACCGUUUGAAUCACCUGUUCUCAAGCCAAGAGGAAUCAUCAAACCAUAGGCUGGAUUCCCAGGAAGAAUCAAGUGACAGAGACUGCACUAUAUUGCAACAGCCAUCUUCUUCUACAAAUGACAUUGACAAAGAAUGUCUAUGUCUUUUAACUGAUUGCCUUCUAACAGCCGUAAAGGUUUUGAUGAACUUAACAAAUGAUAACGCCAUUGGUUGUCGGCAAGUUGGCGGUUGCAAAGGGCUUGAAAGCAUGGCUGAACUAAUUGUCGGACAUUUUCCGUCUUUCACUAGAUCUCCGCUAUUCAGUGAGAUGGAAAAGACGGGAUCAUCCCUUCAGAAGAAAGACAAACAUCUCACAGAUCAGGAGUUAGAUUUUCUUGUUGCCAUCUUAGGUUUGCUGGUAAAUUUGGUUGAGAAAGACAGAGUAAACAGAUCACGACUUGCCUCAGCAAGUCUUCCUAUUACAAAACCAGAAGGGUUGCAACAGGGUGAGCAGGAGAUGAUUCCUUUACUAUGUUCUAUCUUUCUCACCAAUCAAGGAUCAGCAGACACCAAAGAAGAGACAACUACUUUCACCUUAGAUGAUGAAGAAGCUGUUUUAGAAACCGAAAAGGAAGCCGAAAAGAUGAUUGUGGAGGCAUACUCUGCUCUACUACUUGCCUUUCUUUCAACUGAAAGUAGAAGUAUACGCAACUGCAUCAAAGACUAUCUCCCGAAACGCAAUCUUGCUAUUCUUGUGCCGGUCUUGAAUAGAUUUGUGGAAUUUCACAUGACCCUGAACAUGAUCCCUCCGGAGACACAUAAAGCAGUGAUGGAAGUGAUUGAGUCCUGCAAAUUACCGUAA